AUGUUGAGACUCCUGCCCCUGGGCAGAUCCUAUACCACUGCGGCAGCGGCAGUCGCUCCUAAGAAAGAGGCAUGGCUCUAUCUUGAUUCUGUCUUUCCAGUACAACUAGCCCUCUGGGACUUCCGUCAUUACAUCGGCAUUCUACGUGAAGACAACCUUCUGAGUACGCUCGAAUCCCGACUUGAAGGACUUUCUUCAGUGCACGGCUUCAAGCCACUUGAAAUUCAGCCGCACCGCAAGGAUGGUGGAGUUUUUGUCCGUUUUUCGUACUCUCCGUCCAAUCUGGAAGAGGGAAAGGAAUGGUCUGCACUCCAGGCAGCGCUGUCAAAGGAAGUUGAAAAGCAGGGUGGUCUUCCAUCAUGGUCGGGUGUGCGUUCUGGGACACUAUGGGUAGUGAGGGGUUCUCCUUGGAAAGAGGAUAUGAAUCGCUUCGCUUCCCCUCUGCUCAGAGUUGCGUUCGAUGGACCUGAUAUACAGGAGCAAUCUCUCUAUGAACUAUGCCGCCCUUUUGGACGGAUACGCGACCUGGCUCCUCCUACCCCAGUUCCCGCAGGCACCCUCCGCUCUUCGUUGAUAAGCUUCCAACACGUCCACUCAGCGACUAUCGCUCGCAAUGUACUCCACGGCCUGGAAGUUCCCUCUACAUCUGGGUCUGCUCCAUCUAAAACGCGCAUUCGCGCUCAGUAUGACACUCCCGUCAAAGCUCACGACAUUCGGAAUUGGAUGUCAAGCCACCCAAAAAUCAUGUUGCCCAUCAUCAUUUUCCUUCUUGGUACCCUGACUUAUACCAUAUUUGAUCCCAUUCGCUCUGUGAUGGUAAAGGCUAAGAUGCUUAAUUGGUUUGACUACCGAAAAUUCAGACUUUAUGAAUGGCUACGCGUUAAUACCGUAGACCGCCUGUCUACUCGCAAUGAAACCGUUACAAAACUAGAGGAAGAGGUGUGGAAAGAACGCAAAGAAGCUGAGAGCGCGCUCAAGGGAUAUCUCUCGGACAUGCCCACAACUAUCGCCUUCGUGCAUGGACCUGCAGGGAGCGGCAAAAUCACGAUGCUUAAUUCCGUACUGAAACAAUCUAGGAGGACAGCGCUCAUCAUCGACUGUCGUGAGCUUAAUAACUCCCCAUCUGACUCGUCCCUUGUCGAUGAUCUGGCUAAACAAACCGGUUAUUGGCCGGUUUUCAACUUUGUCAAUUCUAUGGGCAAUCUUAUAGAUCUCGCCAGUGUAGGUCUCAUGGGACAGAAAGCUGGUAUCAGUAGCUCCCUUCCUGAACAACUCAAGCAAAUUCUGGGCGUAGUUACAGUUGCCCUUCGUUCCGUAUCAUCCGUGCAUCGGGCCUCUAUUCAGCGCCAGAUACAAGAUAGAGAAGCUGAAGAAGCGCGUCGCAUCCAAGAUGCGCGCAAACGUCAUGCUAUCAUGUCAGGAACCUGGCAUGACGGUCGUCUGGAUUGUAUAGCAGGUAAUGGAGUCAUGAGUGAGCUUGGCAUCGGCGAUGAACUGUUCAGCGAAGAUAUGGAGAUUACUUUAUCUUCUGAUGAAUUCAAAAAUAUUUCCGAAGAGCAAGACAACACACAAAGGAAGAAAAAGGCUCUGGAAGACGUUGAAGCUAUCAAAGCACUCCCAAUUGUGGUCAUUCGCAAUUUUGCAGCGAGCAGCUCCAGCAAAGAGGAGGUUUUGGAUGUAUUGUCUCAGUGGGGAGCCUCACUGACCGAAAACCACAUUGCCCACGUUGUAGUCCUCAGUGAUAACCGUGAAAACUCAAAAAGGCUAGCUAAAGCAUUGCCCACUAAGCCUCUCAGUUCCAUCGCUCUUUCCGAUGCAGACCCAAAAAGCUCUCUGUCCUUUGUAAAGCAGAAACUCAGUGAUGCUGGAGUGGAUAUUGGAAUAUCUACACAAGAGACACACUUGGUCGAACGUCUGGGCGGCCGUGCGAGUGACCUUGAAAGCCUAAUUCACAAAGUCCGGAGUGGAAUGACGGUGGAGGAGGCGAUUGACGAUAUAAUCAGUCGUGGUGUAGCUGAAACACGAAAGAAUGCCUUUGGGGAGGAUGCAGAAGAUGCAAAAAAUCUACCCUGGACGCGCUAUCAGGCUUGGAAGGUGCUUAAGACACUUUCGACGAAGCCUGAGACGGGAUAUUACGACAUUCUAGUUGACUUCCCAUUCAAGGGAGACGAGAAUGCUCUGCGAAGCAUGGAGCAUGCUGAAUUGAUUUCAAUAUCCACAAAAGACGGACGACCAAGUACAAUACGACCUGGCAAACCGGUAUUCCGAUAUGUGUUUGAACGCGUUGUCAAUGACAAAGUAUUCCGAGCCACCCAAGAACUCGCGUACAACGAAAAACAAAUCUUAGAUACAGAAGCGAAGAUCCAAGGUUACGAGCAGGAAUUGUCCCUACUCAUAGACACUAUGGAAAAGGAAAACAGGUUAGAAUGGUUUAUGCGACCCAGCCGAUGUAGAGAGCGGACCCGUGUGGUUGGCCAAAAAUUAUACAGCGCGACGCGCAAGGUGGAGGAACUGGAGCAUAAAAACGUGGAAUUAAAGAAGAUACUUAGCCAGGUCGCAUUCUGUGCUCUAUUCUCGGGGCCAUUUGCUUUCAUCACAGCAGCCUUAAUGGUUUUGUCGGAAGCCUAUGUCUUGGUUUCGGUGGUCUCCAAAGCUUUUUUUUUGAAUACUGCUCAGGACCGCAUAUUCGACGCCGUUCUACUGCAACAAGGUCACCAAGCCUUGGUAGAGAGCGGAAGGCAGAUCCGUUCUAGUUCAACAGGUUUUAAAGUCCUUGGGCGCUCCCUCACAAAACCUUUGGAUCGGUUUUCGAAGGACGGAAUUUUGAGAUAUGUCUUGUCUCUUCCUCUUAAUUCCAUUCCAGCUGUUGGGACAGUUUUGUUUCUCCUGUACAAUGGCGCUAAAACGGGGCCUGGUUUUCACGCUCGUUACUUCCAACUAAAGAAAUACGACAAGGACACUCGCCAUUCCUUUGUCGAAUCAAGAAGAGGUGCUUACACGGCGUUCGGCGCAACCGCGCUGGCACUCAACCUCGUGCCGGUCGUUGGACUCUUCUUUAACAUCACGUCGACUAUUGGUGCAGCUCUUUGGGCACACAAUCUCGAGAAGACUGGUGCAACUGCGGAGGGCACUGGCCGAAAAGUCGACAGCGUUGGGCAAUCUGCUCAUGAUAUCCAGAUGAGAGAUCAAUAUGAAGUCAGUUUGGAAAAUUAA